AUGAUCAAGUACGUGUGGCAUGUGGCAGCCCUCAUGAUUGUCUUCUGCUGGCUGUCAACUGCUCGCAGCGCCAGCUACCAGCACCAGCACCAACACCAGAGUCUGAACAGCCUCGGCGUCGGGCAGAAGCCGCAGCCGCAGCCGCAGCCGAGUGCCUCCAGCUCCGCAUCCACUCCCACCGGCUUCUGGAAAGACAUGUCGCUGGUUUACCGAAUCUACCAGCAAUGCACGGGCGAGAAUAUGUCUGUCUGCUUGAAGGUCAAGCUGUUGACCGGCCUGGAGAAGGUCUUUCGCUCGGCGAAAACUCUGGCGCUCUUCGAGGGCGUGCAGUUCGUUAGCUCUGGCAGUGGCAGCGGCGGUGAGGAGCAGAAGCGGGCCAAGUUGCCGCCAAUCAGUGAGCAGGACAUUGUGGCUGUUCUGCCUCGCAGCACGGACGCCAAGGAUCAGGUUCUCAACAGCAUGAUCUUCAAGCGGGUAGGCAACUUUCUCCAGGACCACACGCUGCAGGUAAAGUUUCCGGACAUGCGCGACUCGGACAGCAGCACUGCGGAGGGUCGCAAGAAAAAGGAUAAAAAGGGCAAUGGCGCCUACAUUAUGAUUCCUCUGCUCCUCGGCGGCACAUUUGUGCCAAUCGCCUACGGCGCCUUGGCCAUGCUGGCCGGCAAGGCGCUGAUUGUGUCCAAACUGGCUCUGGUGCUCGCAUCCAUCAUUGGCAUCAAGAAACUGCUCAGUGGCGGCGGCGGUGGCAAGGAGUCUUCGCAUGAGGUCGUCGUCUCUGGUGGCAGCCACUCGGGCUGGGGACGUGACUUCGACAUGGCCUACAGCGGCUGGAAGCCAGCCAAAGAGCAGCAAGCGGGCAGCGCAAAGAGCUUGUAG